AUACUAUUUAUUUAUUUUUACAUCCAUUUAUCAAACAAACUUGCAACUUUCUUCUUUUCAUUCAUUUUGCCGCUCUCAACCAUCACUUUUCUCUACUUUCCGGCCGGUGAAAAUGGCACAAUGUUUGGCUCCUUCAGUACAAUGGCAGAUGAGGUUAACAAAAAAUGGUAUGGAAUCAAGCUCUAUGUCAUCCAAAAUGUGGAACUCUUUGUCCUUGAAGCAAAGCAAGAAAGGAGCACUUAAGAACGCCACAAAAUUCAGCAUCUGUGCUUCAGCAAAUGGAACCAUUAACAGGAUGGAAGACCUACUAAACUUGGAUGUCACUCCUUACACCAAUAAGAUCAUUGCUGAAUACAUUUGGAUUGGAGGUUCUGGGACAGAUGUGCGCAGCAAAUCAAGGACACUCUCAAAACCAGUUGAGCAUCCUUCUGAGCUUCCAAAAUGGAACUAUGAUGGAUCAAGUACUGGACAAGCUCCAGGAGAAGAUAGUGAAGUUAUCUUAUACCCCCAGGCAAUCUUUAAGGAUCCUUUCCGUGGUGGCAACAACAUCUUGGUGAUCUGUGACGCAUACACUCCGCAAGGCGAGCCUAUCCCUACUAACAAACGUGCUAAGGCUGCUGAGAUUUUCAGUAAUCCUAAAGUUGUAUCGCAAGUGCCCUGGUUUGGAAUUGAGCAAGAGUACACUUUGCUUCAGACAGAUGUGAAGUGGCCUUUGGGUUGGCCUGUUGGAGGCUACCCUGGUCCUCAGGGUCCAUACUACUGUGGUGCUGGAGCUGAUAAGUCGUUUGGAAGAGACAUAUCGGAUGCACAUUACAAGGCCUGCCUGUAUGCCGGAAUUAACAUCAGUGGGACCAAUGGAGAAGUUAUGCCUGGACAGUGGGAAUUUCAAGUUGGUCCUAGUGUGGGAAUUGAAGCUGGAGACCAUAUCUGGUGUGCUAGAUACCUCCUUGAGAGAAUUACUGAACAAGCUGGUGUCGUGUUGACCCUUGACCCUAAGCCUAUUGAUGGAGACUGGAAUGGAGCAGGAUGCCACACUAACUACAGUACAUUGGCCAUGAGAGAAGAAGGUGGGUUUGAAGUAAUUAAAAAGGCGAUUCUGAACUUGUCACUUCGCCACACUGAGCACAUCAGUGCUUAUGGAGAAGGCAAUGAGAGAAGAUUGACAGGGAAGCACGAAACUGCCAGCAUUAACCAGUUUUCAUGGGGUGUAGCAAAUCGUGGUUGCUCAAUCCGUGUGGGGCGUGACACUGAGAGGGAAGGCAAAGGUUAUUUGGAAGACAGACGCCCGGCAUCAAACAUGGACCCGUACACCGUGACCGGAUUACUCGCCGAAACAACCAUCCUUUGGGAGCCUACCCUUGAGGCUGAAGCACUUGCUGCCCAGAAGUUGGCAUUGAAUGUGUAAGACUCUCCCACGAGGUGAUAUACAACGAAGAAAGUGUCAACAUGCAUAUUCAUCCAUGUUCUUCGUAAACUCGGUUUCCUGUUUCUAGUUGAUUUCUUGAAGAUCUUGUAAAUAAAGGUCAUCACUGCUUCAAAUUCAAGCUAUUUUUAGCAAAUGGGUGUUUUUCAGAUGAUUAUUGGACAGUUUAUGCACAAUUUGAAGUGUGCACAAGUGCACUUGACCCGGUCUGAGCAGACAUUAUUUUCUCUUCUUGAUUUAAAGAAAGCACCCUCACAUUUUGGGGGUAUUUUCUCUUCA